GCCGGAGCACACAAUGCUACAUGCGCACUUUAGUCAAAGUAGUCAAAGUAAGUCAAAACCCUAGCAAGCCAGCCCCUAUAUUUUGCUUUUCUCCAUUCUUUUGUUGUGUGCUGCCGCGAAUCCUUCUUCACUUCAAUCCAAACUUCUCCUGCGACUACAGCAAGCGUAAUGGCACCGAAGAAGGAUAAGGCCCCACCUCCAUCCUCAAAGCCUGCGAAGUCUGGUGGAGGGAAGCAGAAGAAGAAGAAAUGGAGCAAGGGAAAACAAAAAGAGAAGGUGAACAACAUGGUUUUGUUUGACCAGGCAACCUAUGACAAGCUUCUUUCCGAGGUUCCCAAGUACAAGCUUGUUACUCCUUCAGUUUUGUCUGACAGACUGAGGAUCAAUGGAUCAUUGGCACGGAGGGCAAUCAAGGAUUUAAUGGCACGAGGUUCUAUCCGGAUGAUCUCUGCUCAUGCAAGCCAGCAGAUUUACACAAGAGCCACUAAUACCUAGAGGAAGAAACACGAGCUCAUGGAUCGAUAGGUUGAUUCCAUUUUUCAUGCUAACGACCAUAUUACACCUGAUGACUAUUUAUUUCUUGUUAAUUUUGAUCCUAUGCUUUGUUAUUUAUUUUUAUAGAGGAAACCUUUAUUUUGCGCUAAUCAAAAUUGUGGCAUGUUUUUUCA